AUGCUGGGCACCACAGAUAUCAACAAUGCAGUUAUCGUUAAGUUUUCUUUGCUUAAUCCUGACAUAAUCACACAUAGAAUAGACUUUUCAUCAAUAUCGGAUUUACACCUGUGGAUAUGCCAAACAUGCAGUCAAUAUCUUGGUCAACCUUGUCCUGCUCAAAAAUUUCUUUAUGGUACGUAUGAAGAUAAAGGACAACCAAUAGUGAAGAUAAAGGAAAUAGUGAAGAUAAAGGACAACCAAUAUGGAUUCCAACGCGGAAAAUCAACCACUGAGCCGAUGUUCUGUCUGCGGAUGCUGCAAGAGAAGUAUAGAGAAUUCAACAAAGAGCUACAUAUGGUUUUCGUGGACCUUGAAAAGGCAUAUGAUACAAUCCCGAGGGAGCUAAUAUGGUACUGUCUAAGGAAGCGUCAAGUCCCGGAGGCCUAUAUUGAAACCAUCAAAGAUAUGUAUAAGCGCUCUACCACUAGUGUCGCAACGAACGUUGGUGAGACUGAGAAAAUUCAAGUAGAGGUCGGGUUACAUCAAGGCUCGGCACUAAGCCCCCUACUCUUUAUUAUCAUUAUGGAUGUAAUCUCGGAUGACACGACAGAAGACACACCUUGGAGUAUGAUGUUUGCAGAUGAUUUGGUCUUGUGUGAUGAGAAGAGAGAACAUCUGGAAGGAAGACUAGAAGAGUGGAGAAGAAUAUUAGAAGAUGUUGGCUUGAAAGUUAGUAGAGCCAAGACGGAGUACCUCCCACCGAGUGGCUGCAUAGGAAACAUCAAGCUAAGAGAAUAUGCUGGACCCGGAAAUACAGAUCUACCAAAGUGCGAGACAUUUAAGUACCUCGGGACCACCAUCCAUCAGGAUGGCGGUUGCAAGACCGAGGUUGAACUACGGAUUAGCCGGGCAUGGAAUAAAUGGAGAGAGUUAACGGGAGUGCUCUGUGAUAAGAAGAUGCCGAAGAAACUGAAGAUCCUCAUCUACAAAACGGUGAUACGCCCAGUGCUUCUGUAUGGGAAUGAAACAUGGUCUGUUACAGACUACCUAGCAGAGAAGAUCAGUGUAUGCGAGAUGAGAAUGAUACGCUAUUGUCUUGGAGUCAGCCUGGAGGAGCACAGAACAAAUGAAAGCAUAAGAGAAGAAGCGAAUGUCAUGAGUAUACUGAAAUUGAUGAGAAGAAAAAGACUGCAGUGGUUCGGACAUGUGUGCCGGCGUGAAGAAGAUGUAGACAUUCGGAGAGUUUAUGAGAUGCAAAUGGAGGGGAGACGGAAACGAGGACGCCCAAAGCAUCGGUGGAAGGAUACCAUCAGGAGAGACAUGCAGCUAUGUGGUGUCAAAGAAGAGGAUACCCAGGACAGAGCAGCCUGGAGAAGUCUCAUAGAACUGGGUCUCCGGCAAAGACCCGCUACCCGAGCAGGACAAAGCGGAGAAAGGUGA